AACAUUACAGUCUUGUAAAUGGAGUCUGCAUAUGCUAAAGUGACAUAAUAAUAGGGUUCUAACCUAAUCCGAUCAGUCGAGAAACAAAAUUGUUCGAAAUUGUGAUGAGAGUGACUUAUGUUCUUCCAAGAUUUUAGCACUUGAAAAAUGGCCACUGUGAAAUUUGGAAAACACCUGAAAGAAUUAAGAAUCCUCCUCUGCCAAACGUCAAAAUCUAGUCAAGGCGUUAGGGAUUUCAUUGAACAACAGUAUGUACCGUUGAAGAAAAAUAAUCCGAGAUUCCCCGUUUUGAUCAGGGAAUGCUCAUCGAUCGAACCGAAGCUCUACGCGCGUUUCGAAUAUGGAGUGGAACGUUGUGUGCCAUUGUCGAAUCUGAAAUCCGAAGAAAUACUUGGAAGGAUUCAGGAACUGGCAUCUCAAAAAUAAUAUACUUUAUUAUAUUAAUAAGUACAUGUAAUAUAUAUAUAUAGUGUUUUAAUAAAAUAGUUAUAUGCUUGAGUGAAAUCAAUAAUUCAUCUUAUAACAAAUUCGAUCACCAAUACUAUGUCAAAUUAGUGAAUGUGCUGUGUAUGAAAUAUAUGAAAUUAUUGAAAUGUAAAUAUAUAUAAACGUUUAAAA